AUGAUUCCUGAUCAAUAUUUAAUCGAAUGUCCAAUGGACACUGACAAAGAUGAGAAGUACCUGCAAAGUCAAGCCAACACCACAGUCUACAGUGAUGCCCCCUUGAGACUAGAUGUGCGGGAUCCACGGGGGGUAAACAAGCACCUCAAGGUAGAUUUUUCAGAUGUCCUAGCUGAACCGGACUCAUUUCACAGUUUUGACAAAGUCUGGACCUGGAGUGAUAUCUUGUUUGAAUCCUCUAAGCUCUGGUGCUAUCGAAUCAUCUCCUUGCUGUGUGCUGUUCCAGUGUCCCUGAUCUCUGGCCUCCUCUUUGCUAUCCUGGGGUGCAUCCACAUAUGGUGUGCUAUGCCAUGUAUUCAACUCUGCAAUAUCUGUAUGCCCCCCAUCCGGACACUGUGGGCAAGUCUGUUGGACAUCUUCGUAGCUCCUGUCUGUGCCAGUCUGGGGCGAUGCUUGAGUUUCAUAUAUGUGAAUGUGACCAAGCAACGGGCGUAA